CCUGACAGAAACCUUACCACCGUAAUUCAAGAAUAUCACGGACUGCGUUAGGAUCUUCCGAAAUAAUAUAAGAUGGAAGUAAAAGGUUCUCCCGUUCCUAUGCUGGGCUUGUCAUCCACACCGACGCCUCCUUCAAUGGCUCCUACUACAUUCGAGAUCCCAACAGAGGUAGCUCCGGGUCCUUCCUCAUCCACCUCUCCAGUCAUACUUCAGAAGUGCACUCGCUGUGCCUAUAUGGGCCCCGUCGACUCCUACCCACCCCGACGUACCGGUACAGGUCACCUCAAAGUAUGCAUCGGCUGUAUGGACAAACAAGUGGCACGGAAGUCUGCUGCCACUGUCGAUUCAUCCGGAUGUGGACAGAUUGCAACCGCGGCGAUGAGCUUGGAUGACUUCUUGAAACUCGUCACAUUGAACAAAGGUCGACCAUUCGAUUUUGACACAAUGGUGAAUCUGCCACCGGGCAUGUUUGCAGCUGGGGAACAUUUGUAUAAUCGGACGAACAAGAUUAGAGAUUUCUUGGCAGAAGCAUCAGAAUAUCACUGGAAUCAAAAGAAAACAAAGCGUGGUGGAAAGUCUACAGUCGUCACAUACUUCUGUGCCCAGCUUGAAGGAGAGCAAUCAAAGUCACGAAACCAAGACGCCGAUCGCGCCAAGUCACGUUCUCGCAUUACUCGUUAUCAUUGUGGCGGCUGGCUACGUAUAACAACGAUGGAUGAUAAUGAGCUUCUUCUUCGCAUCCGUAUGACACAUGCUGAAGCGCACCCAAGUUUUCCUGCGUCGUUUCGCAAGUCGCAAUCAGGAGAAUUCAAGAUGGAGACCACACCAAAACCGGUUCCGAAACAACCUUUGUUCACAACGACGCCGAUGAUAGUACAGGUUGGAGUUACUGAAGUGCCUCAAAUAACACAAAGGGAUGAGAUGGGCACAGAAGAAGAUGGUGUAGGACCCAUGUUAGAGCAGCCACAGGGGAACGGAGGACCACCUCCAAGCAUCCCUGAGGUUUAUUUCUCGCCAGAUCAGCUUGCUGGACUGAGACGAAAAUUUGACGCCAUGAUGAGCAUAGCAUCUGGCCCUUGUCAUCCUGACCUAGCUCACGCUCUAGGCUCUGUAUUCGAUCACUUGGAUCGUACGGUGGGCGACAUAGAGAUUGGGAGAUUUGCGAAGAGGCAGAGGAUUUCAUAAGCUCCCCUCGCUUGGGUAGUCACCAGACGAUCCUACUGGAGACCUGCUUUGGGCCGAUGGCCCAUAUGGGUCUCUCCGAGUCUGUCCCUCAAGGGACAGACUCAGAGAGUUCUUGCCGACCCGUGACGCAACGAAUGGUGUGACACCACCUAAUGUCAGAUUAAUUUGAACAGCCAUGGACUGCAAAAUUGGGGGCAAUAUGAAUAUAGGAGGCGUUUUAUUUGACAUACGUCAUGCGCGCUGCAAUCCUGAUGUCUCGUGGGUUGCCAGUCAUGCAGAGAUCACACCAGACAA